AUGCAAGGCUCUAGCGAGAAUGGGAAUAGUGGUAGUGAAUUUGCCUGGUCGACAGAAUUUUCGACAACGGAUGGUAAAUGGCGUUCGUUGAAUGUGAAGAGUAACAUGUUCUGUAGUGCUGGAGGGUAUCUCCCAGAUGGAACUGUUGUAUCGGUCGCAGGAGGACAACCAUCGGAAACGAUGCGUCAAGGUUAUGAUGGCAUUCGGCUAUAUAAGCCCUGUAAUGGAACACAAUGCGACUGGCAACAAGAUCUCGAUGUCCAUCUUAAAGAGAAGAGAUGGUACCCAACUGUCGAGACAUUGGCAACCGGGGAGCUGUUUAUCCUUGGCGGAUCCAACCAUGCAGCAUCCAUCAACAAUGAUCAUAUCAAUGUACCCAACUUUGAGCUCUUUCCACCCCUUCCAGGUCCUCAAAAGACCAUCGAUUUCCCAUUCUUGAUCGAAACACUUCCCAACAACUUGUAUCCGAUCGUACACUUGCUUCCAGACAAGAAUCUAUUCAUAUUGGCCUCUACCAAGGCUAUUAUCUUCUCCACAUCUACCUGGAAGAUCAUUAAGCGUCUGCCUGAUAUUCCAGGGCCCCCUCGUAAUUACCCAUUGACUGCUGGGUCAGUUCUACUCCCCCUCACACCUGAAAACAACUUCCAGCCCGAAGUCCUGGUCUGUGGAGGCGCCACAGAUUUCUCAACAAAGGCAAAAGGUGUAGCAUCCUGUGGUAGAAUUUCACCGUUGGCCGACAAUCCAACAUGGGAAAUGGAGGAUAUGCCUUUUGGAAGGAUGAUGCCAGAUAUGGCCCAUUUAGCUGAUGGGACGAUCGCAAUUAUAAACGGGGCUAACACGGGUACAGCAGGUUUUGAUCGUGCUUUUGAUCCUGUAUUGCACCCAGUUCAAUACAUACCAAAUGAGAAGCGUGGCAACAGGUUCCGAGUUUGGAGUCCUAGCGUGAUCCCCAGGAUGUAUCAUUCAGUCGCUUUCAUGCUUCCAGAUGCAUCGCUCUUGGUGGCUGGCUCGAACCCGAAUGGAAAGCCAGUCGAAUAUGGCGACGGUCCUUUCCCGACAGAAUACCGUGUAGAGCGAUUCAGCCCACCUUAUCUCUUCUCCAAGAGCAUUACAGACACUGUCGGCUGGCCUAGCAAAGUUCAUUAUGGAGAAAUAUUUGAUCUGUCCUUGGAGUGGUACAAUAUAUACCCGAAAGAUGUUCGUGUUGCGUUUGUCCAGCCUGGGUUUAUCACCCACUCCACACACAUGAGCCAGAGAUAUGUGGGACUGGAGAUUGUCAAGCGUGAUAGCUUAUUAAGUGUGAAGGCGCCCUCAAGCAAUGGCUUGGCGCCUCCUGGCCAUUACAUGCUUGUUGUAGUUCUGGAUGGUAUUCCCGUCACGGAGGCCAAAUGGGUGCAGCUCACAGCAUAA